UCUGAAAUAUAAUAAUUAUAAUAAAAAUGUUGGGUAAAUCUACAUUUGCCAAGACAAGAGAGCUCAUGAGGAAGCCUAAAAGGUUUUAUGAUGUCCAAAGGCUCCAUGUGACUGAUACAGGCCGUAAGAACGCUCUCUCAGGGAUUAGAGCAACCGUUUUUGGAGGUACCUCCCCAUUAGGUGCUGCUAUUGGUAUGAAACUCAAUCACUUUGGUUCAAUCUGUGUGUACCCACAUAGAGCAACCGGAGAUUUUUCAAAUCCAAUCUUCAGAGAAUUAAGGGUGAAUGCUGAUCUGGGCUACAAAGCUGCUAUUAGGUUAAUGGAUUUCACAGAUCAAAAUGAAAUUGAUUUCACUCUCAAGCACUCAAACGUGGCCAUCUGUGCUAUCGGAUCAAGAAGGUUCUAUAAAAAUCAAGAAGACUUUGAUGAUGCCAACAUCCAUGUCCCAGUGACUAUUGCAAAAGCAAUAAGAGAUAACCCAGAGAUCAAGCGUUUUAUCUAUAUUUCUGCCGCAGGAGCUGACCCAAAUUCCCCAAGUAGGAUGCUUAGAACUAAAUGGCUGGGAGAACAAAGAGUAAGAGAUAUCUAUCCAGAUGUCACAGUUCUCCGCCCUACAACUAUUUUCAAUACUCUUGACCCAAAUAACUCACCUCAAGGAAAAUGGGGUUCGAUGCUCAAGAUGUUCAAUAGAACAGUCUUCAGAGUAGAAGGAGCUAACGGGCUUGUACAGCCAGUAUCCUUCGGAGAUAUUGCUCUUGCCACCAUCAAUGCACUCAAAGAUGAGGAAUCAAUCGGUCAAGCCUAUGAACUCGGAGGCCCUCAUGUCUAUACUUGGGAUGAAAUUUACGAAAUGUUCCACUCAGUCACUGGAGUAAAACCAUACAUAAUUCCUCUAAAACUCGAGACAGUGUUGGAAUGGGCUCACUCCCCAAAACUGAGUAGCCACUAUAGGUACAUGGGUAAAUACUGGAUGUACCCAGAGUUCCUCCUGAACGAGUCUAUCGACAUCACAACAAAUCCUGAUGAGAAAUCUUUCGCUGACUUGUAUAUCAAACCUGUCGCUUUCGCCACAAAUGUCAAGCAGUACGUUGAAGAUAUCCUGAUCUACAAUUCUGGAGCUCAUGAGGUUGACCCACAAGCUUUUAAUGGAUAAUUCCUCUCUUCAAUAUUCUUAUAUAA